AGAGCGCGCUGAAGACGCCGGAGAGUGUUUUGCCCUGCAGUCCCCGGCCAGGGUCGCCUAGGAGACGCGGCUCGCGAGCGGCUCCCAUGGCUGCGUCGGACCGAGUGGUGCUGGGGCCGCUGGUGGGCGCGAUCGACCAGGGCACCAGCUCCACGCGCUUCCUGGUUUUUAAUGCGAAAACAGCAGAGCUCCUGAGUCACCAUCAAGUAGAAAUAAAACAGAAAUUCCCUAAAGAAGGAUGGGUGGAGCAAGAUCCAAAGGAAAUCUUGCAGUCCGUUUAUGAAUGUGUGGAGAAAACAUGUGGGAAAUUGAACCAGCUAAACAUAGACAUCACCAACAUAAAAGCUGUUGGAGUCAGCAAUCAGAGAGAGACAACUGUGGUUUGGGACAAGACAACUGGAGAACCUCUCUAUAAUGCUAUUGUGUGGCUUGACCUGAGAACCCAGCCAACAGUUGAGAGGCUUCUUAAAAUAAUUCCAGGGCAAAAUACAUCAUUUUUUAAGACUAGGACUGGCCUUCCACUUAGCACGUAUUUCAGUGCAGUGAAACUUCGGUGGCUCCUAGAUAACGUGGAAGAGAUCAGGCAAGCUGUUCGUGAUGGGCGAGCUAUGUUUGGUACCAUUGAUUCAUGGCUUAUAUGGAGUUUGACAGGUGGGAAGAAUGGAGGUGUUCAUUGUACAGAUGUCACCAAUGCCAGUAGAACAAUGUUGUUCAACAUUCAUUCCUUGGAGUGGGAUUCUGAACUCUGCCAUUUUUUUGAUGUUCCUAUGGAAAUACUUCCAAAAGUGCGGAGUUCCUCUGAGAUUUAUGGUUUGAUGAAAAUGUGCCCUAGCCUGAAAUCCGGAGCCCUGACAGGUGUGCCAAUUUCUGGGUGCCUGGGUGACCAAUCUGCUGCUCUAGUUGGACAAAUGUGUUUCAAGGAUGGACAAGCAAAAAACACGUAUGGAACAGGAUGUUUCUUGCUUUACAAUACAGGUCAAAAGCCUGUUUUGUCUGAACAUGGCCUUCUGACCACAGUGGCUUACAAACUGGGCAGAGACAAACCUGUAUAUUAUGCACUAGAAGGCUCUGUUGCCAUAGCUGGUGCUGUUGUUCGUUGGCUAAGGGACAAUCUUGGUAUCGUAAAGUCUUCAAGUGAAGUUGAAAAACUUGCUGCAGAAGUGGGAACUUCUUAUGGCUGCUACUUCGUCCCAGCAUUCUCAGGAUUAUAUGCACCUUACUGGGAACCUAGUGCACGAGGUAUUAUCUGUGGCCUUACUCAGUUUACAAAUAAAAACCACAUUGCCUUCGCUGCAUUAGAGGCUGUCUGCUUUCAAACACGAGAGAUUUUGGAUGCUAUGAACAAGGACUGUGGGAUACCACUGAGUGAGUUACAAGUAGAUGGAGGAAUGACCAACAACAAGAUUCUCAUGCAGCUUCAAGCAGAUAUUCUCUGUAUUCAAGUAGUGAAGCCAUCAAUGCCUGAAACAACAGCACUAGGAGCUGCAAUGGCAGCUGGAGCGGCAGAAGGAGUUGGAGUUUGGAGUCUGAAUCCUGGGGAUUUGACAGCAGUGACAUGGGAACGAUUUGAACCACAGAUCAAUCCCGAGGAAAGUGAAUAUCGCUAUGCCAGGUGGAAGAAAGCUGUAAUGAAAUCAGUGGGCUGGGAGAUAUCUGAACCUCAGGCAAAUGGAAUUGACAAAUGAGGCUACUUAAUGGAUUACCGGAAUACAGCCUGUUUGGUUUAUGUACGAAGAGAGAAGAAUCCAGUUAUCUCCCAAUAUGAUGGCACUGUUUGUAUGAUUAGUUAAUUUAUAAUCCCAUCUGUUGUCUGACCUAGAGAGACAUCCAAGACGAUGGAUUUCUAACCUGAAAUAAG